AGUAAAGCUUGUUUGAGUUCCAUGGGUUUUUUUUUUAAGACCUGGUGUAAUAAUGGAAGCGUUUUUCCUUUUUGGUAUUUAGUCAGUAUAUAAGAUUUGGCCAAUGUUUUUCAGCAUUUUGUCACUUCCGUCACUUAUCUGACUUAUCCAGUGUUAUACUUCACCUUGAUGACGCAAAAUGACACCCAGGACUUUGGUUCUGCGUUUUUUAUUCAGCGCAAAACUCACAAGAGAAUCUCAGAAACAUCCUCAGUUUUGUCUCUGUCAACCUGUCGGUUUGUCUGGUAUCCAGGCAGCAGGGAAGAAGCACGUGUUUCUGCUGCCGGAGUUAAACGAAGAAGAUUUAGAGGAACAGUUCGUUCGUGGCUCCGGACCAGGCGGACAAGCCACUAACAAGACCAGUAACUGUGUGGUUUUAAAACAUAUCCCGACUGGUGUAGUUGUAAAGUGUCACGAGACCAGGUCGGUGGAGUUGAACCGGAAGCGUGCACGAGAGAUCCUGCAGGAGAAACUGGACAUUGUUUACAAAGGUGAAGAGAGCGAGUUGCUUAAACAGAAGGAAGAAUCCAGGAUAAGAAAACAAGUGAAGCGAAAGAAAGUAAAUGAAAAUCUGGAAAAAAAGAGACUGUUCAAAAAGACAGUAGCAGAAGAGGAGAGUGGAUGAAGUUUGAUGCAUAGCUUGUAAACUUUGUCAUUCUUAUACUGUGAUGAUAAAAACUGCUAUUGUUUACAGGGCCUUAACCACACCCACUGUCAGUUAAUAUACUGCAAACACUGACUGAGCAGUACAUUAAUUACUAAUCUCUCGUCUCUUGUGUAUCUCUACCGCUGUUUCUGUUGCAUUUUCUUAAGUUAAAUACUAUGGUAAACCUCUCACACUCUCUUCUUUGCUUCACCAAUAAAAAUUACAUUUUGCUCGUUGAUGUAUAUAAAAAAGUGAUGUAGGUAAAGCUGAGCACUAAACAACAGUGUUUUUUUUCUGUUUGGUUUUUUUCCCUUUUUAAAGAUCAGUCUAAUUAAAUCAAAUUGUGAAGAUA